AUGGUACACGCACCAGAGAUAACCGACUACAUCAAGACCCGAGCCAAGGCUAUGGACGAGGUGUCAGAUCAAAUUGAUGAAGUCAAUUUACUCAAACUUAAACAAAAUGCCAAAGCCCAACUUGAAAAGAGUCAACAGGGCGUUAACGAUUUCGAAGGUGAAAGUAAAUUCGAUAGUGAGAAGGAUAAAUCGGUUUUCAGACAAUAUGAGAAUGCUUGUGAUCGAGUCAAGAACUUCUAUGCUGAACAACACACCAAACAAACAUUGGAAUACAACUUGCGUAUUCGAAAAGAGUUCAGAGAGACUGUCAGAGCACGAAUGGGCGUAUGGGAAGCACUUGAGUUACUCAACACUCUAGUGGACGAGUCCGAUCCCGACACUUCUGUCCCUCAGAUCGUCCAUGCCCUGCAGGCAGCAGAGGCAGCAAGGAAGGAUGGCAAGCCAGAGUGGAUGCAAUUGACUUGUCUCAUACAUGAUUUGGGCAAAUUACUUUGUUUCUUCGGUGCAGACGGUCAAUGGGAUGUAGUAGGCGAUACUUUCGUAGUAGGAUGUAAAUACGUCGACGAGAUCAUCUACGGUCCUGAGAGUUUCAAGGAAAACCCAGAUUAUUACAAUGAGAAAUUACAAACGGAUUUGGGUAUCUACGAGGAACACUGUGGGUUGGAGAAUGUCAUGAUUAGUUUUGGACAUGAUGAGUACCUCUAUCACAUUUGCAAAACCCAAUCGAACUUGCCCAAAGAAGGCUUAUGGAUGAUCAGAUACCACUCGUUCUACCCUUGGCAUCGAGCAGGAUCAAACGCCUAUAGGCAUCUCAUGGUAGAAGAGGACGAGCAAGCUUUGAAAGCUGUCAGAGCGUUUAACCCAUACGACCUCUACUCAAAAUCUGAUGCUCCACCAAACGUAGACGAGUUGAAGGAAUAUUAUCAAGGUUUGAUCAAGAGAUACUUCCCAGAGGAGAUUGAAUGGUAA